AUGGCCGAGGUCUACAGUAACGCUUACUUGACCAUUGCUGCUACGCAAUCACGCAAUGGCGAUGGAGGACUAUUUGUCAACACACCCGACUUCGAGGUCUCUGACUCUGUCUUGCCCACGGUCACGGGUGACCCCUAUCGACUGCUCUUUCGACGUAGAAUCGACCAUCAUCUUGAGGUCAUCAAUAUCGUCAAUCCAAUAGACCGAGGAGAUCCAACAUCCUCCUUCCAUCCUUUACUCACUAGAGCUUGGGUCUACCAGGAACGCAUGCUGUCGACACGCGUUCUGCAUUUCGGCCCCCAAGAGAUAUUCUUCGAGUGUCGUUCCGACCUCUUCUGUGAAUGCGGCCGGAUCAAAUUUCAUGGGUCAUCCGACUCUUCCCCCAUAUCCAUCACCAAACUCUUGCACGCUUCCGCACUUGAUAGCGAGGUUGAUGGGUACGACUGGGUGGAUGUAGCUGGCUAUUUUAUGGCGAGGCUAUGGUGCACCCUGAUCACCUCAUACACUGCGCUUCAUCUCACAGUGACCUCGGACCGUCUACCGGCCAUUGGAGGUCUCGCAAAGCAUAUGGCGGUCAGGCGAAAGUCGUCCUACCUGGCAGGGAUAUGGAAAGAUUCCAUAAACGAUGAUCUUCUUUGGAUCAUACGGACUACCCUCAAAACCCCGAGACCAAGUCCCAGGACCGCACCGACAUGGUCUUGGGCUAGUGUUGACUCGAGCGUCGAUGUGUGGGACGCAGUGUUUGUCUGGGACCCCGACCUUGACUACGAAGAAGACUCCAGAGGCCUUUUUGAGCACUACAGCGCCGUUAUGGACUGCCAGGUAACUCCAUCAGGCGUGGGCAAAUAUGGCGGCAUAGCCUACGGGCUCCUGAGAAUAUCCGGCCUCACAAUGGAGGGUAUACUUGAACGAGACACCGUGAUUCGUCACGGGAAGGAGACCGUGGUUCACUAUGUCGUUGUAUCGACCGGGCGGUUCCAUAUCCAUGCUGAUUACGUCUUGGAUAGCCCUGGUCCAGACCAAGUUCUUCCAGGCGCAGAUGUCCUCUGCCUCAGGAUGAGCUUCAUCCAAGAUGGACCGAGUGACAAUUUCAAGCUCAUUUCGUUGGUCCUGAGGGAAAGCAAGCAGCAACCUGGUAAGUUUGAACGGAUCGGUUGCUUCUUCAUCCAGUCAACCACUCCACCGAACGAUUUGCAGAGAAGCAUGUAUGCGGAUGGCAGCGUGCGUACAGUGGAUAUUGUGUGA